AUGGCUGAAUGCGAACCUCCAGUCCCAGGCUCCUUCUCGAUAUCCGAUUGCUCGACUCUAGUCAGCACGAAAGACCCAUUCGAGCCGCCGUUCCUCCCAUAUUGGGCCCGAUACGAGUCGCAGUGCGCACAGAAUCUAUUAGAUUACUCUGACGAGCCCAUCGAGUACGACCACGACGACGAGGACUACCGCGACAACUGCUUCUUUUUUCCAGAAGACUGUUCGUACACACCACCCAAGGACUGGGUUGAGACGCAUUACAUUUCAGUAGAGGAUACACCCGAGAUCCAGGUGGAGGAAUACACAACGGCAGACCAGGACACGAACCGUGACACCACCACCGACAUCGACACCGACACCAACAUCAUGAUCCCCGGACUACCAGAUAUCAAGAUGAUCGACUCGGAGGCAUUGAGCGACCUCCUGGAAGAUAACCUCUCCCCACCAGAGAUCACAACAAUCAUCGUCUUUGCAACAAACGGCGCAGUCUUCGCCUACGGCUCAACCCUCUCCUCCCGCCAACUCCGAAACCUAAGCGCAACCUACGGCGCCGCCUACACAUGCUACGCCAAAACCGCCUCAACUGGCAACCUGACAGGCGUGAACCCAGCCAGCCACCCAUCCUCCUACGUAACGGCAAAGUCAAUGUCCCUAGGCGACGUAGGCUCAAUCGUCUUCGAACUCGACGAUUCCGUAGCGGUGGUAACGCGCAUCGCCGACAAAGUCCUCAUUGCAGCCGUAGGCCCAUCCAAAUCCAACCCCGGCGAAGAGAACGACACACCAGCCGCAGCCAACACAGACAACACCCCGACAGCCGAAAAUGGCACUCAACCCCCCGAUCUGGCUAAUGGGUUUGGAAGUGGUACUAUCUCACCGGAAGGAUCACAGGACGGUCAACGGACUCCAACUGCACCGGCACCGACCUCACCAAAUCCACCGACGCAAAACGGCCAUCUAGAUGCUCAACAUGAAAUCAAUCGUAGUAUUGAUCUGGAGCGGUUGUCUAGUUUGAAUUUAUCCGCUUCGCCCGCUGUCUUGUUAGCGCUUGAAUCGAAGUGUGCUGCGCUGGCGAGGUUCCUCGGGCAGAAGCUGGAUGAUUUGGAGAGCCCGGAGGAUUUCUGA